GAUUGCAAGUAUCUUCAGGAAGUUCAGGCAUGCAAACAAACACAAAAUUGUUGUUUGUGCAAUUUUUACAAUAAACGUAGUUUUUGUUUUGUAACAGUUGUAUUAACGUAUUGCUAUAGAGCACAAGUGUUAUCAAAAUGAAGUUAAACGUUGACGGAUUGCUUGUGUACUUUCCCUUUGACUACAUCUACCCUGAACAAUUCACCUAUAUGCUCGAACUAAAGCGGGCACUUGAUGCAAAGGGUCAUUGUGUGCUGGAGAUGCCUUCAGGAACCGGGAAAACCAUAUCCCUCCUGUCACUCAUUGUUGCCUAUCUUAGAACUCAUCCAACAGAAGUUACCAAACUUAUAUAUUGUUCAAGAACUGUUCCUGAAAUAGAAAAAGUUAUGGAAGAGUUGAAAACAUUAAUGAAUUAUUAUGAACAAGAGAUUGGAGAAAAACCAACAAUUCUAGGCUUGGCACUCAGUUCAAGAAAGAAUCUCUGUAUACAUCCAAGAGUUAGUAAGGAGGCCACAGGCAAGCUGGUGGACAGUGCCUGUCAAGGCCUAACAGCAUCUUACAUCCGUACUAGGAAUCACUAUGAUGAUUCCGUCUCUGUCUGCUCAUUUUUUGAGUUAUUUGACAGCAUUGGCAGAGAUGCUCCUAUAGAUGCUGGCGUUUACAACCUAGAUGACUUGAAAGAUAUUGGCCGUGACCGUGGAUGGUGUCCUUACUUCCUUGCAAGAUACACAAUUAUGCAUGCCAACAUUGUGGUGUACAGCUACCAUUAUUUACUAGAUCCGAAAAUAGCUGAACUUGUUUCAAAAGAAUUGCCUAAAACAUCUGUAGUUGUAUUUGAUGAGGCUCAUAACAUAGAUAAUGUUUGUAUAGAUUCACUUAGUGUGAAUAUUACGAGGAGGACACUAGAUCGUGGUGAGAGCAACAUUGAUUACCUUAAAGGCUCUAUUGAGAGGAUUAAAGAAACAGAUGCAAAUAAACUGAAGAGGGAGUACCAACGUUUAGUGGAAGGUCUCCGUCUUGCCAAUGAAGAACGCGAAACUGAUGCACAACUCGCAAACCCAGUACUACCGGAUGAAAUAUUACAAGAGGCGGUUCCAGGAAAUAUUCGCAACGCAGAACAUUUCUUGAACUUCCUAAAGCGAUUCUUAGAAUAUUUAAAGACUCGAUUACGUGUUCAGCACGUUGUUCAAGAAAGCCCACCAUCAUUUUUGAAAGAUGUGUACACAAAAGUUUGCAUAGAACGUAAACCACUGAGAUUCUGUUCAGAGCGAUUACAUUCCCUUUUACGCACCUUGGAAUUUUAUGGUAACCAGGAUCUCUCCCCUCUAGGAUUAAUUGCAAACUUUGCAACGUUAGUCAGUACAUAUGGCAAAGGUUUUACCUUAAUUAUUGAACCGUUUGAUGACAAAGCCCCCACAAUCCCUAAUCCCAUUCUUCACUUCAAGUGUAUGGACGCCUCCGUUGCUAUUAAGCCUGUCUUUGAUCGUUUCCAAUCUGUUAUAAUAACCUCAGGUACGCUAUCCCCUCUUGAUAUGUAUCCCAAGAUUCUUGAUUUUCGUCCAGUCAGUAUGGCCUCAUUCACAAUGACCUUAGCAAGAACUUGUAUUUGCCCAUUGAUUGUUGGAAGAGGAAAUGACCAAGUCACCAUGACAUCCAAAUUUGAAACAAGACAAGAUAUUGCUGUAAUCAGAAAUUAUGGGAAUUUACUGGUAGAUCUGACAUCCAUUGUGCCUGAUGGAAUAGUCUGUUUCUUUACCAGUUAUAUUUAUAUGGAGACAAUAGUUUCAAAAUGGUAUGAGCAGGGUAUAAUUGACAACAUCCAGAAGAACAAGCUAUUGUUUAUAGAAACACAAGACACAGCAGAAACAAGUGUUGCCUUGAUUAACUAUCAGAAAGCUUGUGAGAAUGGACGUGGUGCAGUGUUGCUUUCCGUUGCUCGUGGGAAGGUUUCUGAAGGAAUUGAUUUUGAUCAUCAUUAUGGCAGAGCCGUUGUCAUGUUUGGUGUGCCGUAUGUCUAUACUCAAUCACGUAUGUUGCGAGCUCGUCUGGAAUUCUUGCGAGAUCAGUACCAGAUCCGCGAGAAUGAUUUUCUAACAUUUGAUGCAAUGAGACAUGCUGCUCAGUGUGUUGGUAGAGCUAUGAGGGGCAAAACUGAUUAUGGAAUAAUGGUGUUUGCUGACAAGAGGUUUGGGCGUGGCGAUAAAAGAGGAAAGUUACCCAAAUGGAUCCAAGAAUAUUUGAGCGAUAGUGUUUGCAACUUGACAACUGAUGAAGCUAUACAGGUGUCAAAGAAAUUCCUCAGACAGAUGGCUCAACCAUUCACAAAGGAGGACCAACUUGGCUUGUCCUUACUAACUCUUGAGCAACUUGAAACAGAAGAAAUGCAGAAAAGAGUUGAAAGAACAGCUCAUGCUAUCUAGAAAAUGAAUAUUAUGAACAACUGACGUACAGUUGGCAGUGCAGGGGCCCCGUUGUGUCCCACAAGUCUCAGGAAUCUUCCGGAAAUCAGGAUAGCCUCCUGCACUUACAGAAAAUAACCCAUCUCCAGCAACCUGCAUGUUUUUACUACUUAAUUUCCCGGAUCUCCCGGAAGUAAUUUCUUCCAACUUGGGACUCCUGGCAGUAAGAAGUUUAAAAGAAUGUUUCAUUCACACCAAAAAUUAUUGUAGCUGUUGAGAUUACAAAUCUUAGACAUGCUUAGCCCAGUCGUGCAAGAAAAAGUGAUGCUCAAGAGGUGGUGUGAAUUCAUCUGCCAGUCCCAAGCAGUCAAAUGAUAUUUAUGAGAGCUGACAUUCAUACUGUCAACCAUAAUAUACCUUUCUGGAGUUGACCGAACUUAACAACUGACCAAUCAGAAAAGUGUUGUACAAUAAGCAUGUUUGCAUAUUUUUUUACACUGUCGUUUUUUGGGACCAUAGCAACAGUAUUCAAGGGGUGUGGCUUAGCAGAAAGGCCAAUUAUCUGAGCUUCCUGAGCUUUUUUCUUUCUAGUCAAUAAGUAAACUAUUUGAAUUUACUGUACAUGAAUUGCCAGUUUAGACAAAUAUUUUGGAAUAAAAGUUCUACUGUA